AUGAAGCGGGAGCUGAGCGACUCGAAUCUUGCCGGAGCGGCAGACUGGGGCGGUCGGAACGACAUGGGCUGGGGCGGGCUGGGAGGCGAUGCGCGUAGGUCGAUGUCUGAGCAGCAGAAGCUGGAGAGGAGGGAGCGGAACCGUGAGCACGCGAAGCGAUCGCGGAUUCGCAAGAAGUUUAUGUUGGAGUGUCUGCAGGAGCAGCUCCUCGCCAUGCGGAAGCAGAACCUGGCCCUCAGACAGGUGGUAAAGGAGCACAUGCCUGACGAGGCAAGCACGGUGUUCGAGAAGUGCAUCAACGAGAAGGCUCUCGUGCUCUCCGGCAAGAGCACGGAAUCGGCACAGCCUAUCCUCUCAGACGAUGAGGAAGAGACGAAGGAGCCGAACUGCCUCUUGCUGGAGCCGGACUUCCAGCUGAUGCAGGCCCUCAUGACGAGCCAGCAGAACUUCACCAUCUCGGACCCUAGCAUGCCGGACAACCCGAUCGUCUACGCCAGCCAGGGCUUCCUCACGCUGACGGGGUACACGAUCCAGAACGUCAUUGGGCGGAACUGCCGCUUCUUGCAGGGGCCGGGAACGGACCCAAGGGCAAUCGAUAUCAUCCGAAGGGGUGUGGCGGAGGGAAGAGAUACGAGCGUGUGCUUGAUGAACUACAAGGCCGACGGUACCCCGUUCUGGAACCAGUUCUUUGUGGCGGCUUUGCGGGACGACACCGGAAAGAUCGUGAACUUCGUGGGGGUACAGGGGGAGGUACACGAGGAGGCGCAAGAUCGCGAUUUCCGCGAACGAUUGCGCAAGAUUCCUCUGCCGGACGAGCUCAUGAGGGACGACAACGAGGAUGCGGGUGAUGAGAUGUAACGGACGGGCCGGUGUUGGCGAGGCUUUGGUACUGGAAUGGAGACAACCGGCUGUGUACAAGCAAAGCAGCGGGCCGUGUUGGCUCGUGGCUCUCGGCAAAGCACCUGUCCUCACGCGCCCUGGCGGAUUCCCAUGGCCUUCUUCGUUGUCGUUGCCCCAAACCAAGGGUGGCAUGAGUAUGUGCGUGGU